AUGUCAUCUGAUAAAGGAACUGAAAAUAAACCAAAAACCAUUAAUUUUAAUGAUGAAUUAGAUAAAAAAGGUUCUUUCAUACGUGUUCAAAGUUCAUUCCGUAAUUUUAUUUCAUCAAAUCCAGAUGCAGAGUUUAAACCAGAAGCAAAUCGUUAUCAUAUUUAUAUCUCUCUUGCUUGUCCAUGGGCAUCUUCAGUUUAUUUAACUUUAGAAAUGAAAGGAUUACAAGAUGUAAUUGGUGUUUCAAUUGUAGAUUAUUUAUUACAAGAGGGUGGUUGGCAUUUUUCUGAAAGGGAAGGUUCAACAGUAGAUAAAAUUAAUGGAUUCAAUUUUUUAAGACAAGUCUAUGAGCUCUCUGAUAAAAACUUUAAUGGACGUGUUACCGUACCUGUACUUUUUGAUACCAAAACUAAAAAGAUUGUCAACAAUGAAUCACCAGAAAUCAUUCGUAUGCUCAAUAGUGAAUUCAAUCAAUUCGCUAAACAUCCAGAAAUUGAUUUAAACCCAACUGAAUUACAAACUCAAAUUCAAGAAAUCUAUGAUUUCAUCUAUCCAAAUAUUAACAAUGGCGUUUAUCGUUGUGGUUUUGCAAUCUCUCAAGAAGCUUACUCUGAUGCUUUUGAAAAAUUAUUUAAUGCUUUAGAUAAAGCUGAAGAUAUCUUAUCAAAACAACGUUAUUUAGUUGGUUCAAAAUUUACUUAUGUUGAUAUUAGAUUAUUUGUCACAUUAAUUAGAUUUGAUUGUGUCUAUGUUGGUCAUUUCAAAUGUAAUAAAAAACAAAUCAAAGAAUAUCCAAAUCUUUCAAACUUUGUUCGUGAAAUCUAUCAAAUGGAAGGUACUAAAAAGACUGUAGACUUUUUCCAUAUUAAACAUCAUUAUUAUGAAUCUCAUAGAACCAUCAAUCCAUACGGUAUCGUUCCAGUUGGUCCAAAUAUGGACUGGGUUAAUGAACCACACAACCGUGCAAACCUUUAA